GCGGGCUCAGCCUCCAGAGCCCAGAACUGCUCCUUCCUUCUCACCACGACACACAGUUCCCAACCUUCCCUCAGAACACUUGUGUCCGCCAAAGCCAAAGAUGCAAAAGGAGCAGCAUGAGGUGGCCGUGCUGGGAGGACCCCAGGGCUCAGCUCCUGUGACCACCACAACCACCGUGAUCAACAUGCCCAAAGACAUCUCCCUGCCUGACCAUGUGGUCUGGUCUCUGUUCAACACGCUUUUCGUGAACUUCUGCUGCUUGGGCUUCAUUGCCUAUGCCUACUCUGUGAAGUCCAGGGACAGGAAGAUGGUGGGCGAUGUGACUGGGGCCCAGGCCUAUGCCUCCACUGCCAAGUGCCUGAACAUCUGCGCCCUGGUCUUCAACAUCCUCACGGCCAUCGUUCUCAUCAUACUUUUUGCCACCAGCUCUCUGGUAGCCUAUAAAGCAUAUGAACAGCAGAUGAAGAAUCAUGGAGGCUUCUAGUCCUGCCAUGCCCUCCACCCUCUGUUGCUGACUCUCACCCUAGGGCUGAGGCUCUGACCCACCACCCCAGAUUAAUGCAGCCGCUCACAUCCACACAUCUGUGCAAGACUGGAUUCAAUAAAGUGCACGUGCUUGUGAGUGUGCUGUGACAUUUUUG